AUGCACUACCCAGGCGCUUGUAUUGGCCAACGCUCACUCAUACAGGGCGCGUCUCCCCGCGAGCUGGUUGUGGAAGCCUGCCGACGGGACCAGUCCCACCUAAUUGAGCAAGUUCUGGGCGACAUGGAAGAAAAAACGAAUGAGCAGGUGGCACAAUUCUUCAAUGAGGUCACUGAUUCCAUGGGAAACUAUGCUUUGCACAUUUGUGCUCAAUACGGCAGCUAUGAGACUAUGGAUACGCUUUUCGACAUCCAGUACUUCGAAUGCGACCCUCUGACUAGAUUGGACAAAGAUACGCCAUUACACACUGCAGUGCGGUAUGCCAAUGAGAAAGACCCUGAACUGGGUGCACACAUGAUCAGUAUGAUGUGUGAGGCUGGCUGUGACCCUAGAGUGCGGAAUAAGCAUGGUCAAAAGCCGGCAGAUCUGGUCUACAACAACAACGAGAUUAAGAAGACUCUUCAGCAGAAUGAGUAUAUCAUGGCCGAGGGUAUUCAAAACACUGGAGACGUGGAGUCUGAUGGCGAGCCCAGUGACAGUGACUAA